UUCAUCGCAGGAGGAGAGAAUCACGGCACAAACCACUGAUAACUGACAGAGGAUUUACAAAGGAGUUGUUUUGUUUCACAUAUACAUUUAUUGUAUUCAUCAACCAAAUAUUUUUCACAAUGAAGGAAAGAAGACUUACCCAGCCUAUGGUGGCGAGAUGUAAACUGGUGUUGGUUGGGGAUGUUCAAUGCGGGAAAACCGCAAUGUUGCAAGUCCUGGCAAAGGAUUCCUAUCCUGAGACAUAUGUUCCAACAGUAUUUGAGAACUACACAGCCUGUCUGGAGCUGGAGGACCAGCGCGUAGAGCUCAGUCUCUGGGACACGUCAGGCUCCCCGUACUAUGAUAACGUCCGACCCCUGUGCUACAGCGACUCAGACGCCGUGCUCCUUUGUUACGACAUCAGCCGACCAGACUCAAUUGAUGGUGCACUGAAAAAGUGGAAGACAGAGAUACUGGAUUUCUGCCCCAGCACACGCAUCCUCCUGAUAGGCUGUAAAACAGACCUGCGCACAGACGUGUGUACGCUCAUGGAGCUGUCCAAUCAGAAGCAGACACCCAUCUCACAUGAGCAGGGUUCCUCCAUGGCCAAGCAGCUAGGUGCGGAGGCCUACUUGGAGUGUUCGGCCUUCACCUCGGAGAAGAGCAUCCACAGUGUGUUCCGUACUUCAGCCCUGGCCUGCAUCAGCAAGCUACAGCCCUCCACCAAGACCAGUUCUGCCCGACGCCUCUCCAAGAGACUCCUUUUCCUGCCCAGAAAGUCUGACCUCCUCUCCUCCACCUUCGGCAAGGACAAGGCCAAGGGCUGCUCCAUUAUGUGAGGGAGGGGGAAGAACCCAGACUGGGGUGGCCAGAGAUUCACUCCAUUGAACAGUCCAGCGGGCAAAAUGGGGGUGCAAGGUGGUAGAGGGGCAAGGGAAUCGGAAGUAAGGGGGAAGGAAGGGGUUUCUUUAGAACCCCUCUGGCCUCCCCCAACAUCCUCCCCAGUCCCCACCCCCACUGACGCCCCACUUAAAAAAAACAUGGUUUACUCUGUAUAGGAUAUACUGGUCCUCUUCAUGAUCACCCCCCCACAAACAAACAAACAAACAAACAAACAAACACACACACACACACACACACACACACACACACACACACACACACACACACACACACACACACACACAC